CACGCGAAGGAAACAUGGCGGCGGCGGGUGUUGUGAGCGGGAAGAUCAUAUAUGAACAGGAAGGGGUCUAUAUUCACUCACCUUGUGGAAAAACCAAUGACCAAGACAGCUUGAUUUCAGGAAUAUUACAUGUGUUAGAAAAGGAUGCUGAAGUAAUAGUGGACUGGAGACCAUUGGAUGAUGCUUUAGAUUCUUCUAGUAUUCUCUAUGCUGGAAAGGACUCCAGUUCAGUUGUAGAGUGGACGCAGGUCCCAAAGGAAAGAGGUCAUCGGGGAUCGGAACAUCUGAACAGUUACGAAGCAGAGUGGGACAUGGUCAAUACAGUUCCAUCUAAAAAGAAACCACAUACCACUGGAGAUGCUCCAAGUCAUAGAAAUGGGAAAAGCAAAUGGUCAUUCCUGUUCAGUUUGACAGACCUGAAAUCAAUCAAGCAAAACAAAGAGGGUAUGGGCUGGUCGUAUUUGGUAUUCUGUCUAAAGGAUGACGUCGUUCUCCCUGCUCUGCACUUUCAUCAAGGAGAUAGCAAACUACUGAUUGACUCUCUUGAAAAAUAUGUGGUAUUGUGUGAAUCUCCACAGGAUAAAAGAACACUUCUUGUGAAUUGUCAGAGUAAAAGUCUUUCACAGUCUUUUGAAAAUCUUCUUGAUGAACCUGCAUAUGGUUUAAUACAAAAAAUUAAAAAGGAUCCUUAUACAGCAACUAUGGUAGGAUUUUCCAAAGUCACAAACUACAUUUUUGAUAGUUUGAGAGGCAGUGAUCCCUCCACACAUCAACGACCGCCUUCAGAAAUGGCAGAUUUUCUUAGUGAUGCUAUUCCAGGUUUGAAGAUAAAUCAACAAGAAGAACCAGGAUUUGAAGUCAUCACAAGAAUUGAUUUGGGAGAACGACCUGUUGUUCAAAGGAGAGAGCCAGUAUCACUGGAAGAAUGGUCCAAGAACAUUGAUUCUGAAGGAAGAAUUUUAAAUGUAGAUAAUAUGAAGCAGAUGAUAUUCAGAGGGGGACUUAGUCAUGCAUUGAGAAAGCAAGCAUGGAAAUUUCUUUUGGGUUAUUUUCCUUGGGACAGUACCAAGGAGGAAAGAAUUCAGUUACAAAAACAAAAAACUGAUGAAUACUUCAGGAUGAAACUACAGUGGAAAUCUGUCAGCGAAGAACAAGAGAAGAGAAAUUCGAGGUUAAGAGAUUAUAGAAGUCUUAUCGAAAAAGAUGUUAACAGAACAGAUCGAACAAACAAGUUUUAUGAAGGCCAAGAUAAUCCAGGGUUGAUUUUGCUUCAUGACAUUUUGAUGACCUACUGUAUGUAUGAUUUUGAUUUAGGGUAUGUUCAGGGAAUGAGUGACUUACUUUCCCCUCUUUUAUAUGUGAUGGAAAAUGAAGUGGAUGCCUUUUGGUGCUUUGCCUCCUAUAUGGACCAAAUGCAUCAGAAUUUUGAAGAACAAAUGCAAGGCAUGAAGACCCAGCUAAUUCAACUAAGUACCUUACUUCGAUUGUUGGACAGUGGAUUUUGCAGUUACUUAGAAUCUCAGGACUCUGGAUACCUUUAUUUUUGCUUCAGAUGGCUUUUAAUCAGAUUUAAAAGGGAAUUUAGCUUUCUAGAUAUUCUUCGAUUAUGGGAGGUAAUGUGGACUGAACUGCCAUGUAAAAAUUUUCAUCUUCUUCUCUGCUAUGCUAUUCUGGAAUCAGAAAAGCAGCAAAUAAUGGAAAAGCAUUAUGGCUUUAAUGAAAUACUAAAGCAUAUCAAUGAAUUGUCCAUGAAAAUUGAUGUGGAAGAUGUACUAUGCAAGGCAGAAGCAAUUUCUCUACAGAUGGUAAAAUGCAAGGAAUUACCACAAGCAGUUUCUGAGAUCCUGGGACUUCAGGACAGUGAAGUUACAACACCAGAUUCAGACACUGGUGAAGAUGAAAAUGUUGGCAUGACUAGUCCUACAUCUACAUUUCAGAGUGACUCCUUGCCUGUACUUGCUACCAGUGGAGCCAGAGAUGACAACCCAACACAGAAUCAGUGUCCCCAAAUGUUAGCAGAUUAACACCUGCAUGAUCAUUCUUCUUGCUUAGUUUUCGAAGAGACAUUCUGUUGCAACAUUUUUCAAGUACUUGAAAGGUGGAAAUUUAAAAUCUUGGUAUUGAUCAUGCUUUAAGGUUUGUGGAAAGAAAGUGUACUGAUGUUCUUGCAUUAAAGCUUUACAAAGAUUUAAACUAA